AUGUCGAGAUAUGAUGAAGAGGAUGAUGAAGAGGAUGAUGAAGAGGAUGAUGAAGAGGAUGAUGAAGAGGAUGAUGAAGAGGAUGAUGAAGAGGAUGAUGAAGAGGAUGAUGAAGAGGAUGAUGAAGAGGAUGAUGAAGAGGAUGAUGAAGAGGAUGACGAAGAGGAUGACGAAGAGGAUGACGAAGAGGAUGACGAAGAGGAUGACGAAGAGGAUGACGAAGAGGAUGACGAAGAGGAUGACGAAGAGGAUGACGAAGAGGAUGACGAAGAGGAUGAUGAAGAGGAUGAUGAAGAGGAUGAUGAAGAGGAUGAUGAAGAGGAUGAUGAAGAGGAUGAUGAAGAGAAUGAUGAAGAGGAUGAUGAAGAGGAUGAUGAAGAGGAUGAUGAAGAGGAUGAUGAAGAGGAUGAUGAAGAGGAUGAUGAAGAGGAUGAUGAAGAGGAUGACGAAGAGGAUGACGAAGAGGAUGACGAAGAGGAUGACGAAGAGGAUGACGAAGAGGAUGACGAAGAGGAUGACGAAGAGGAUGAUGAAGAGGAUGAUGAAGAGGAUGAUGAAGAGGAUGAUGAAGAGGAUGAUGAAGAGGAUGAUGAAGAGGAUGAUGAAGAGGAUGAUGAAGAGGAUGAUGAAGAGGAUGAUGAAGAGGAUGAUGAAGAGGAUGAUGAAGAGGAUGAUGAAGAGGAUGACGAAGAGGAUGACGAAGAGGAUGACGAAGAGGAUGACGAAGAGGAUGACGAAGAGGAUGACGAAGAGGAUGACGAAGAGGAUGACGAAGAGGAUGACGAAGAGGAUGACGAAGAGGAUGAUGAAGAGGAUGAUGAAGAGAAUGACGAAGAGGAUGACGAAGAGGAUGAUGAAGAGGAUGAUGAAGAGGAUGAUGAAGAGGAUGAUGAAGAGGAUGAUGAAGAGGAUGAUGAAGAGGAUGAUGAAGAGGAUGAUGAAGAGGAUGAUGAAGAGGAUGAUGAAGAGGAUGAUGAAGAGGAUGAUGAAGAGGAUGAUGAAGAGGAUGAUGAAGAGGAUGAUGAAGAGGAUGAUGAAGAGGAUGAUGAAGAGGAUGAUGAAGAGGAUGAUGAAGAGGAUGAUGAAGAGGAUGAUGAAGAGGAUGAUGAAGAGGAUGAUGAAGAGGAUGAUGAAGAGGAUGAUGAAGAGGAUGAUGAAGAGGAUGAUGAAGAGGAUGAUGAAGAGGAUGAUGAAGAGGAUGAUGAAGAGGAUGAUGAAGAGAAUGAUGAAGAGGAUGAUGAAGAGGAUGAUGAAGAGGAUGAUGAAGAGGAUGAUGAAGAGGAUGAUGAAGAGAAUGAUGAAGAUGAUGAAGAGGAUGAUGAAGAGGAUGAUGAAGAGGAUGAUGAAGAGGAUGAUGAAGAGGAUGAUGAAGAGGAUGAUGAAGAGGAUGAUGAAGAGGAUGAUGAAGAGGAUGAUGAAGAGAAUGAUGAAGAGGAUGAUGAAAAGGAUGAUGAAGAGGAUGAUGAAGAGGAUGAUGAAGAGGAUGAUGAAGAGGAUGAUGAAGAGGAUGAUGAAGAGGAUGAUGAAGAGGAUGAUGAAGAGGAUGAUGAAGAGGAUGAUGAAGAGGAUGAUGAAGAGGAUGAUGAAGAGGAUGAUGAAGAGAAUGAUGAAGGGAAUGAUGGUACCCAUCUCACUCGCCCAGCCCCAUCAUCCUUCCGAACCGAACCCCUCCGCACCACACUCACCAAACCCCCUCAGCAGCACCCUUUACUCACCGAAGCCCUCGAGCAGCAGCUUUCUCCUGCCGGACCUGAGGGCUCCCCCGCCCUCCGUGGUGACGUGCUGCAGGUACUCGGGCACUGA